GUUCCAAGGUGAAAUAAGGAUAUGAGAGACGUCUGUACCUUCACCUCUUGUUGAGACACACUGAGAUCCCAGGGAGUGAGGCACAGAGCACAGACGAGGAAAGUACUGGAGCAGUGUAUUGUGUCUGCAUUUCACAUCUGGACUUCUUCAGGAAGAAUGGCUCUUCUGUCUACAAGCAUCCCUGCUAACUUCACCACUGUGGCUUUAUCUGGAGAUCUAAACAACACGCAUGACCCUCAUUGUCCUGACACAGAAUCCGCGGAAUGGCACUACACUGUGCUGCCAGUGUACAUCCUGCUCGUCAGUGUGCUGGGAAUGGUGUUGAAUGCGUUUGUCCUGAUGGUUUUCUGCUUCCACAAGAAGGCCUGCACCGUGGCUGAGAUCUACUUGAGCAACAUGGCCAUUGCUGACCUUGUCCUGAUGACUUGUUUACCCUUCUGGGCUGUGUACGCAGCCAAAAAAUUCGACUGGCCAUUUCAUACUCCCCUGUGUACACUGAUCACCUUUUCCAUCAACAUGAACGCUUACUGCAGCAUCUACUUCCUUGUUCUGAUUAGCAUAGAUCGUGUAUUAGCACUGGUGCACCCGCUGUCCCAUGAACAAAUGCGUAGGCCAAAAUGUGCCAAACUGGCCUGUGUGCUGGUGUGGGGUUUUGGCCUGCUCCUGGGUGUCCCCACACUUGUCUACAGGGAGGUAAAAUAUUUCCCUGACACAAAUUCCAGGUUAUGCUAUCUUAAUUACCCAAAUGCCCAUGUAUGGCUUGCGUUUGAUGUGAUGCAGAUAAUAUUUGGCUUCAUCAUCCCUGUUUCAAUUAUUUCGUACUGCACUUUCAAGAUUAUUAAAGCCCUGCAGAACCGGUCAAUUGAUGCGUUAAACACCAGGCAGACAGAACAGAAGGCCACUACUCUGGUGCUGGCAGUCCUCCUGGCAUUUAUGAUCUGUUGGGUGCCAUUCCAUCUGAUUAAGAUACCAAACGCACUAAUACAACUUAAGCUACUGACAUGUGACGUCAUCACCAUCAUAAACACCUGCAACAUUGUCUUCAUGUACUUUGCCUUCUUCAACAGUGUUCUCAACCCCAUUCUCUACGUCAUUGUAGGAAAAAACUUCCAGAAAAAAGUUAGGGAACUCUUCCAGAGACGGAGCUGUGGUGGCAAAACAAUUAUUUAAUAAACAGUUUAACCCUACAGGCCCUAGGCCGGGAACUGCCCAUUGGCUGUCCGAAGUCCGUUCUGAAAUCAUCAUGAUGCCCUGUGGUUCAGGUCUGGUUAGGUUUAGGCACAAAAACCACUUGGUUAGGGUUAGGAAAAAAUCAUGGUGUGGGUUAAAAUGAAAAAGAAAGUGACAAACACAUAAGCUGUGAGCCUGCUUCGCCUCAAGCCUUUCCCAGCUGACCCAGAGCAGGUUGCGGCACACCAUCAAGGUAGAAAUACGCCCGCCGGGAGCCGUUCAGCACCACAGACAGUCGAACUAAUGGGAUGUCGAACCAAUGGGCUGUCGGACCAAUGACAUGGACCCCCUAGGCCAAAGGUGAAGUGCACUGGACUUGUCAUACAAAGUCUGAUUUUGUAGACAUUUGAUCUGUAUUUAUAGCUUGAUGGGAUGACAGCACAAUGAUGUGUGUGGUAUCACUGGAGGUCCUGCACUUUCAUGUGAUAUGCGUGGCAUUUCUGUGCAAGUAAUCCAUCCAAGAGUAAUGUGUGUGCAAAGCUGUAUGAAAGCUCUGUUAUACAUAAUUUUAGUGUAACUUUAUCAUUUUUUUUCGCUGUGAAAUUAUUGGACUACCGACAAGUGCUUGGUCUUGUCAGAAAGCUGUGGUUCCGCUGUUUCACGUGAUAUGCAUGGCGGACAUCCCUAAGACACAACAUCUCUUGAGGCUAGCAAGGACACUUGGUGUGGGAGCCUCCCUGGCUUGUAACCUUUAACCUAUUCCCAUUAAGCUUCUGUUGUAUUUCUCACUGCUGUCACAGUAGGGGUUAAACUGAGCAAUAUACAUCAUACAUCAUAGCAAGUACCCUUAUAUAAAAACAUGCAGUACACGCUAUAGGUGAAAAAAAGUAGUUUAGCAUUCUCAUGCUAAACCUUGAGCAUGGAAAAUUCCCCAUUAUCUAAUGACCUUAUGACCUUCGAGUACCGCCCAUACCAGCCAAACAGCAGUACCACCAGCCUCCGACACAGGAGAUGAAAGCCCAGGCAGAAGUCACAGGCCAUAAGCACAGGCAAGCCAAACAUCCCCCUCCCUAUGUGGCAAAGGAGAGGGUAAAUGACUUGUCUGUCUGACUACACUACCUAAAAAGGGAAAAAACCUCUAUAUGAUAAGGACAAAAAAUCCCUUAUACUAAACUCUAAACUAAAGCAAGAUAAGCAUAAAUGAAAAAAUGUCAUCUUUAAUAAGAAUACCCAAUAGUAAAAAUCAAUAAAGGGAACACUGACUGUCAAACAAGUAAUAAAAAUGGAAAAUGAAAAAAUAAAAAAUGAAAAAUUGAGUAAAUAUGGUGUUUACUAAUCUAAUGUUAAGUGUAAUCAAUGUGAAAUAAGGUAAAAUGUGAUUAAAAAGUAAAAAUGUGAUUAAAAUGUGAAUAAAUGAUGAAUGUGAUUUGCUAAACAAACUACUAAUGAAAUCAACUUUAAUGAUCAAAACAUUUCUAAGCUAAAACAAAUAAAUGUGAAUCAACUUUGAUGAGUAAAACAUUGUCAGCGAGACAAAUCAAUGUGAAUCAGAAGAAAAAACUUAAAUGAGUGACUCCUGUGAAUCGUAAGGAGGAGUCCACAGAUCCAUCUGUAUGUAGCGCCCUACAGCAGACGAUACCAUUGAUGUAGUCAUGGAUCUCACACAGGGAAUGAUACAACACAUAACAAUGCAUAGCAUCAGCAGAACCAUCACGACAGGGGCAAACAGAUGCAUUAAUGACGCUUUCGCUCAGAGAAAACCAGGACCACAGGUCCACACCUGCUCCAAGCUCAGUGUCACGACUCUUCUCCAGAUGUAACAGAUCAUUAAGAUGAGCAACCACGUGUCAUGUUAUUAGGAAUGUAACGAUUACCGAUAUUACGGUAAAUCUCGGUUAAUUUUUACACAGUAAGAAUUACCGUUUAUCGUGAUAAUUUGGUCACUAUAAUCGAGAUAUCAAAUUUUCCAUAUCGUUACAUCCCUACAUGUUAUCAGUGAUGUCAGGUAUGUAUGUACAGCAAUCAGUACCCACAAUGUGACAACCCCCCAAAACCCCCAAAACCCUUCUCCACAGGGGGCACCCUUACCACAGCUCGUCUUGCUUUGUGCGAUGGGUAGUAGUGAUCAUAGUCUGUGUGAAAAUGAGUCAAAUCAGGAACAAUAGUCACAGCAGGCAGUAACUUAGCCAAGUAGCACCAGCCACACCAUCCAGGCUGAAGUGCCUGGUAAACAUGUCUGCCACACACCCAGACGUGUUGUCUAAGUGAUCCAUACCCAUCACUGGGUGGCAUACAGACAGCAGGGUUGGGAUUCCUGGUCAGUUAAGACUAACAGUGUUUGUGAGAUUUAAAGUUGCAACGUGUGGUGUCGCACCUUUGCAGUUGUCCAUGUUGCGAUCCCAGAUCACCCCACACGUAGCCACAACUGUCUGUGCACAGGCAGAUGUGCCCAGAAAGUGAUCCGCUGCCACUGCACAGUUUCUAGAGAAGCAAACAACUCCUCUCUGGCUCUUGGGGUUAGUGCUCAUGACAGGUUGGUAUAUCUCUUGCUGUGACACCUUUGUCACAUUCCAGAACCUCACGGCUGUUCCCCCAUAAUUUACCGCACUGACAUUAAGCUUCAGCAAUGCAUUACCCAGAGAGAUGGGGUCAGUGCUGUUAGUGUGAGCUUCACAUUUACACACAGCAGUUUGUUUAGGCAACGACACAGCAUCCAAAAGAGCAGACACCAACUCAUGAUGAGCAAUAGAUUUCCCCGUUGAAGUUAAGAAAUCCCUGUUUUUCCAAAUUUGUCCAAAAUCAUGAACCACCCCCCAAGGCCUGGGAGAGCAAGCAGAAGUUAUCACAGCCACACAGUCAUGCGGUUCUCCAUCAACAGCUGUUGGGAGAAGAAUAGCAGGAUUAAUAACAGUACAUCUCUUUACCUUAACGUUGGGCAAUUCCAACAGAACAGCGUUGUAACGCAACCACCUUGCAGCAGAAAGACCUUGACUUUAUCAAACCCAGACUGUCCCCCUCAAUACUACAAGGUUUUCAUCAUUGUACCUAGAUGGAUUUAUUAUAUAAUUAACUUUUACAUGAGUGA